CUAUGAAUAUUUUUGUACGUGUACAGCCUAAGCAUUCUUACAGAAAAAGUCCAAUGGAUGAAGAAUUUCUUAUUGUCAGUAGUAUUGUGGUCAAUUAAAUAACUGACUCUUAGAGCCUCUCAAUUUAUUGUGUGUCCAUUUUGGACAAACACAGCAGAUGGACAAUGAGUUGAGCCCAUUGCUAAACAGGAAGAGCAGGCUGGGGGCUUUGGGGAAAUUGAAAAGUUAUUUUAAUGGUCCUCAUACUUCUUCCUGAAAAAGGGCCAUGUGUUUUGAAAAGUAUAUUUUUAUCGUUAGCUUUCAUUUCACCUACAUUUCCCACCAUAACCCUCCCCCAACCUGCUCUCAGACAGCCAACCCUUAUAAUAAAAACUUGUUUAAAAUAUGAAGAAAAAAAUUUCAGAAAAACUAACCGACAUAUCACAGAAGUUGGACGUGUUUGUGCCCCCCCCCCAAAGAAAGUGCAAAGAGGGCAGAGGCGCUGCACGUGUCAUUUCCCAGUAUCCUAAGUUGUUUUGCUGCUGCUGCUUUUUUUUUAAUUUACAAUGUUAUUGUCAUUAUGUCUAUUAUUUUUCUGGUUCUGCUUAUUCCAUUAACUUUUUAUCGGUUCCUAUAAGUCUUCCCAUACUUCUCUGUAUUCAUUAGGUUCCUAAUUGCUUAUGGCAGUUAUAGCUCAUUUCAUUCAUAUACCUUGGUUGUUUAGCUAUCCUCUAAUUGAUGAGAAUCGCCUUUGUUUCCAGGUAUUGGCUACCACAAAUGGUGCGUUGGGUCUGCAUGGAGCCUUUACUGGCCCAACAGUGGAAUCUCUAGAAUUUUGUUUUUGCACUGAAUGUAGCCUGGAUUGAUCCUCACGGGCUUCAAGAGCCCAGGGAUACUAUCAAAGGCCGUAUUUGUGUGUUUCUGCAGAGUUUUGCACAGAUUCUGUUCCCAUGCAAACCGAUGAGGGAGAAAUAUUGGAAGAAAGCUGCUCGGAGGUGGGACAUGAAGAUUUGGUAAUGGAAGGGCAUGGCAAGACUCCGCCUCCUGGUGAAGAAAGCCAACAAGAGAAGGAGCAAGAAAGGGAAGAACAGUUAAUGGAAGACAAGAAAAGGAAGAAAGAGGAUAAAAAGAAGAAAGAAGCUGCUCAGAAGGUCACGGAACAAAAAACCAAAGUGCCCGAAGUGACGAAACCAAGUUUAAGCCAACCAACGGCCGCCAGCCCAAUUGGCAGCUCUCCAUCGCCACCAGUCAAUGGUGGCAACAAUGCCAAAAGGGUGGCAGUGCCGAACGGACAACCGCCAAGCGCCGCCCGCUACAUGCCUCGGGAGGUGCCGCCGCGAUUCCGUUGCCAGCAGGACCACAAAGUGUUACUAAAACGCGGGCAGCCCCCUCCACCCUCCUGUAUGCUCCUUGGGGGUGGGGCCGGGCCUCCUCCCUCCACCACACCUGGAACAAACCCCAACAACGCACAAGUGACGGGAUCCCUGCUGCAAAGCGAGAGCGGGCCUGCAUCAGAUUCAUCCAUUGGAGGUGCUGCUGCUUCAAAUUAUGCAAAUUCCACUUGGGGCCCAGGAGCCUCCUCCAGCAACGGCGCUGCUGCCAACCCCACUCCCACCUGGGACAAGGUGAUUGUAGACGGGUCUGACAUGGAAGAGUGGCCUUGUAUUGCCAGCAAAGACACUGAGGCUCCUUCCGAGAGCACCACCGAGAACACCAGUGCCUCGAACCCUGGCUCUGAGAAAAGCCCUCUGCCAGGAAGCACCACUAGUCACAAAGGAAAAGGAAGCCAGGCUCCCCCUGGGGGUUCUGGGAACGAAUGUAAUUUGGGGGUCUGGAAGUCUGACCCCAAGGCUAAGUCUGUUCCACCUUCCGUCUCUGCUGCAGAGAGCAACAGCGCACUUGGGAACUGGAGGAACGUGGCUGGUCAGGAGAGGGUCGGUCCUGCUUCGGGCUUCAGCAACUUCAACCCAAAUAGCAACCCGUCUGCCUGGCCCGCGCUGGUGCAGGAGAACAGCUGUAGGAAGGGAGCCCCGGAGGCCGAGAGCAGCAGCCCCAGCGCGCAGGCGGGCACGUCCGGCCAGGCGUCCAAGAUGGAGAACAGCGCAGGGGCAACCUAUGUGGUCUCUGGCCGAGAACAGGCUCCAGGUCAUAACACUGAUGGACCAAAAAACGGAAACACUAACUCCUUGAACUUAAGCUCGCCAAACCCCACCGAGAACAAGGGGACGCCCUUUGCGGGGGGCUUGGGGAGCUGCUCCAGGGGUGCGGACGCCCCGCCCCAGAGCACUGGAGACAGGCAGCCGGGGAGCGCUGGGUCUCGGGGCACAGGCAGGGGGUCUUCUGGAACUGACACCGUCUCUGGACUAAGCAACUCUGGAAACAAUGGGAACAAUGGGAAGGAGAGAGAGGAUGCCUGGAAGGGCACCUCUGGCCAGAAAUCUGCAGGGUCAAAAAGCGACUCUUGGGACAACAGCGGCAGGUCUUCGGGCGGCGGGUCCUGGACGUUUGGCCCGCCGGACCCGAAUGAAAACAAAUGGGGUGAAGGGAACAAAAUGACAUCCGGGGUCUCUCAGGGAGAAUGGAAACAGCCGACUGGGUCUGACGAGCUGAAGAUUGGAGAAUGGAGUGGUCCAAACCAACCAAAUUCUAGCACUGGAGCAUGGGACAAUCAGAAGGGCCACCCCCUCCCUGAAAACCAAGGCAAUCCCCAGGCUCCUUGUUGGGGGAGAUCUUCGAGCUCCACGGGGAGUGAGGUUGGGGGUCAGAGCACUGGAAGUAACCACAAAGCAGGAAGCAGUGACAGUCACAAUUCUGGACGCCGGUCAUACAGGCCCAACCAUCCCGACAGCCAGGCGGUCCUGCAGACUCUGUUGAGCCGGACUGACCUGGACCCCCGAGUGCUGUCCAACACCGGCUGGGGCCAAACUCAAAUUAAACAGGAUACGAUUUGGGAUAUCGAAGAGAUGCCCAGGCCCGAGGGGAAGUCGGAUAAAGGGACGGAGGGGUGGGAGAGCUCUGCCACCCAGACAAAGAACUCAGGGGGCUGGGGAGACGGACCCAGCCAAAGCAAUCAAAUAAAGUCUGGAUGGGGUGAGCUCUCAACCCCUACAGAAUGGAAGGACCCCAAAAACACAGGCGGCUGGAACGAUUACAAGAACAACAGCUCCUCCGGCUGGGGAGGAGCGAGACCAGAGGAGAAGGCGUCUUCCUCGUGGAACGACAGUUCCGGCAAGGAUCAGGGCUGGGGAGGACGCCAGUCUAACCAAGGAUGGGCGUCAGGGAAGAACGGAUGGGGAGAAGAAGUCGAUCAGACAAAGAACAGUAACUGGGAGGGCUCGGGAAGUAAACCAGCAUCCGGUUGGGGUGAAGGAGGCCAAAAUGAAAUUGGGACUUGGGGAAAUGGUGGAAAUGCAAACUUGGCUUCCAAGAGUGGAUGGGACGAUUGCAAAAGAUCUCCAGCCUGGACGAACGAGACAGCCCGGCAGUCCAACUCCUGGAAUAAACAGCAGCAGCAGCAGCAGCAGCAGCCGCCACCGCCGCCGCCGCCGCCGCAGCAAGAGGCCUCUGGCUCUUGGGGAGCCCCACCACAAGCACCACCCCCAGGCAACGGGCGGCCCCCCAACCCUAGCUGGAACAGCGGGCCACAGCCAUCAGCCCCGAAGGAUGAGGAGCCCAGUGGCUGGGAGGAGCCUUCCCCACAGUCCAUUAGCAGGAAGAUGGACAUUGAUGAUGGCACUUCAGCCUGGGGAGACCCAAGUAGUUACAACUACAAGAAUGUGAACCUGUGGGAUAAGAAUUCUCAAGGGGCUCAGGCCCCACGAGAACAAAGCCUGCCCACCCCGAUGACGAGCAAAACAUCAUCAGUCUGGAGCAAAAGCACACCACCUGCUCCGGAUAAUGGUACAUCAGCUUGGGGUGAGCCAAACGAAGCCAGCCCUGGGUGGGGUGACAUGGAUGAGACAGGAGCAUCCUCUACAGGCUGGGGAAGCGCCCCCUCCAGUGCUCCAAAUGCCAUGAAACCCAACUCCAAAUCUAUGCAAGACGGAUGGGGGGAGAGCGAUGGGCCAGUGACAGGGACCCGCCAUCCCAGCUGGGAAGAAGAUGACGACGGAGGAGUUUGGAACACCGCAGGCUCUCAGGGAAGCAGCUCCUCUCAUAAUUCAGCAGGCUGGGGACAAGGAGGCAAGAAACAGCAAAUGAAGUGUUCACUAAAAGGCGGAAACAGUGAUUCCUGGAUGAAUCCUCUUGCCAAGCAGUUUUCAAAUAUGGGAUUGCUGAGUCAAGCUGAGGACAGCCCAGCCAGUAAGAUGGAUUUGUCUGUAGGGAGCCUUCCUGACAAGAAGUUUGAUGUGGACAAACGAGCCAUGAAUCUCGGGGACUUUAAUGAUAUCAUGAGGAAGGAUAGAUCUGGGUUCCGUCCACCUAAUUCCAAAGACAUGGGAACCACAGAUAGCGGGCCUUACUUUGAAAAGCUGACUUUGCCUUUCUCCAAUCAAGACGGGUGCCUGGGGGAUGAGGCUCCCUGCUCUCCCUUCUCCCCGUCUCCCAGCUACAAGCUGUCUCCCUCUGGCUCCACAGCACCCAACGUCAGCCUGGGGGCAAUCGGCACAGGGCUCAACCCCCAAAACUUCGCUGCUAGACAAGGUGGCAAUCACGGUUUGUUUGGAAAUAGCACAGCACAAUCGCGGGGCAUGCACACGCCAGUGCAGCCGCUAAACUCUUCCCCUAACCUACGGGCACAAGUGCCUCCCCAGUUCAUUUCUCCCCAGGUUUCUGCCUCCGUGCUCAAGCAGUUUCCUAACAGUGGCCUGAACCCGGGGCUUUUCAACCUGGGGCCUCAGCUGUCUCCCCAGCAGAUUGCCAUGCUGAGCCAGCUUCCACAGAUCCCCCAGUUCCAGUUGGCCUGUCAGCUCCUCCUACAACAGCAGCAACAGCAGCAGCUGCUCCAGAACCAGAGAAAGAUCUCCCAGGCUGUGCGGCAGCAGCACGAACAGCAGAUUGCUCGGAUGAUGAGCGCGUUGCAGCAGCAGCAGCAGCAGCAGCAGCAGCGACCGCCGAGCAUGAAGCAUUCGCCAUCUCAUCCUGUCGGACCCAAGCCACAUCUCGACAACCUGGUCCCCAGUGCCCUGAACGUGGGCCUCCCUGACCUUCAGAGCAAAGGGCAAAUUCCUGGCUACAGUUCUGGUUUUGGCUCAAGUGGCAUGGAUUAUGGCAUGGUUGGAGGGAAGGAAGCUGGGACGGAAUCGCGCUUUAAACAGUGGACUUCUAUGAUGGAAGGCCUGCCCUCGGUAGCUACACAAGAUGCCAGUAUGCACAAAAAUGGCGCCAUAGUACCCCCCGGAAAAACUCGAGGAGGAUCGCCAUACAACCAGUUUGACAUCCUCCCGGGCGACACGUUGGGGGGCCAUACGGGGCCUGCUGGCGAUAGUUGGUUACCCGCCAAAUCGCCACCGACAAAUAAAAUUGGAAGUAAAUCCAGCCAUGCCAGUUGGCCUCCAGAAUUCCAACCGGGAGUGCCAUGGAAAGGUAUACAAAACAUCGACCCUGAGUCUGACCCCUACGUGACCCCAGGAAGUGUGCUCGGGGGUCCAGCCACAUCUCCCAUUGUAGAUACUGACCACCAACUUCUACGGGACACCGCCACAGGGUCUAAUUCUUCCCUCAACACCUCGCUGCCUUCACCUGGUGCCUGGCCCUACAGUGCCUCUGACAACUCCUUUACCAACGUUCAUAGCACUUCAGCAAAGUUCACUGAUUACAAAUCAACAUGGUCCCCAGACCCCAUAGGACACAACCCCACUCAUCUCUCCAACAAGAUGUGGAAAAACCAUAUUUCCUCAAGGAACACUAGCGGGCUGCCCCGCCCACCUCCCGGCCUGACCAAUCCCAAACCGUCAUCUCCCUGGAGCAGCACAGCCCCCCGCUCAGUUAGGGGGUGGGGGGCCCAGGACUCCAGGCUUGCCUCAGCCUCUGCCUGGAGCGAUGGCGGCACAGCUCGUCCUAGUUACUGGCUGGUUCUUCACAACCUCACUCCCCAGAUUGAUGGGUCAACCUUGAGGACGAUCUGCAUGCAGCACGGCCCACUGCUGACAUUCCAUCUGAACCUGACCCAGGGCACGGCCCUGAUCCGAUACAGCACCAAACAGGAGGCGGCCAAGGCCCAGACUGCCCUACACAUGUGUGUGCUGGGAAACACUACCAUCCUGGCUGAGUUUGCCACAGACGAGGAGGUGAGCCGGUUUUUGGCACAAGCCCAGCCCCCUCCCCCUGCCGCGACGCCAAGCGCGCCGGCCGCCGGCUGGCAACCCCUGGAGACGGGACAAAGCCAGGCAGAUGCCGUCGGCCCCGCCCUAAAUCUUUUUGGGGGGUCAGCAGGGCUCGGCCAGUGGAGCAGCGGUGGGGGCAGCAGCAGUGGUGGCGACCUCCCUGGCGCCUCCUUGUGGGGGCCCCCAAACUACUCCUCCAGCUUGUGGGGGGUCCCCAGUGGGGAAGAUCCCCACCGGAUGGGCAGCCCUGCUCCUUUGCUACCUGGUGACCUUCUGGGAGGAGGGUCGGAUUCAAUCUGAACUUAGAACUUUCAACUCUGACCUCGUGACCUUUUUUGGAAACAGCAGCAGCACUAACUCGACCUUUUCGUUUUUUUUUUCAACUUGCAAUAAAUACAUUUUUAAAAGGAAAAAAGAAAACGGAGAGAGAAAAAAAAAAAGGUGGGUCAUUGCCAGACUGUCUGAGCACAUAGUUGCCUCCCUUAUAACUUCAGUUUUUUCGUUUGGAAAAUGAAUCCAAAAAGAGAACAUAUCACUCUUGAAAUACUUGAAUCAUGAACGCCAACCUAGAAAGACAAUGUGAAGCAAGUACACAUACCAUUUAAAUUUCAACACAAAAAAUUAAAAAAAUUAGUUUCUAGUUUUUCACUUUUUCAUGUUAUACGGAAGUUGUUGCUAAGAAACAUAUAUACUGAAAAAUAGCUUUUUAA